CCCUACUCACUGGAGGGCGGCUAUCCAAGACCCUGGCAUCAUACUCGACAAGAAGACCAGGGAGGCAUUCCAAUCGUGGGCUGAGGUCGGUUGUGAUUUCAGAGAUUAUAUCAAAGAGGGUAUGCUCUUCCAGGCCGGCUUGUGCCCGGAUAGGUAGUUAGUACCUUAGUUGUUUGGCCUACUCUUCUUUUCCUUCUUUUACUCGAGUACUAAUAUCGAACUCUUUUGCAGGUCCUAUGGAGGCAGAUAAACUCAAGGGAGACUGGCUCUUUAAGCAUAUGAAGGGGAGGAAGAAGCGGGCUGCCAAGAGAGCUUGUAUCGAGUCACCGCCUGCCCCCACUCCCGAGCCCCAGCUUCCCCAGGCUCCAAUCUCUGAGCCCAAGCUCCCUUGGGCUCCUCCGAUCAUCGACUUGGAGGAGUCCCUACGAGGCUGUAGUGAGGUCGGCAGCCGAGGCCAAGGUUGCCACCGGGGCUGCUAACGUUGUAGCCGAAGUCUCCGCCGAGCCUAUUCACACAGCCGAGACGACUGUCUCCAUCUCGGGGAGCCCAAAUGGGGGCCGAAGCAUCUUGCUCCCCCAAUGCGGUCUUCGGAAGAGCAAGGGGGCCACUUACUCCGAGGAGAUUUCGGUUUGGGCUGACAUGCUCAACCCUUCUCAGCUCGGAGCCCGGGCUGCCACCCACACUAUGGUGGCGAACUCCGCCGUGCACGCCCUUACUCUUCAUACCGAGAGGUACCUAAAGCGGGGUUUGACUGCCGAGGAGUCUUCCCGCGCUGCCCAUACCGAACUUAGGAUGGCUCAUGAGCAGAUCCACCGGUUGGAGAGCGGUGCCAUGGCCCAGAGGGGCGUCAUCACAACACUGACGGAGGAGAAGGACGGGCUAGCUAGUGAGAACAACGAGCUGAGGGGCAAAAUGAAGGCCCUUAGAGCGGAGCUGACACACGAGAAGGGCGUGCUGAAGGGCGAGCUGGACGCCCUUAAAGCAGAGGCGGAAGGCCUUAAGGAAAAGGAGAAGGUUCUUUUGCACGAGGUGGAGUACCUCAAGGCGGACAUCACAGAGAAGAUCGAGAUCUUUACCCAGGCGAUAGAGGAGACGAAGGUCAAGGUCAUCUCUGAGUAUAUUCAGUCCGAUAAGUUUGAUGCCGUUAUGGGGUCAGCAGGUGGUUGAUAUGGCAUACGUACCCUGAGCUCGACACAAGCGCCAUCACCACCUCGCGAAUCACAGGUGAGAUAGCUCGUCAAGCCGUGGAGGAUCUGGACUUAGAGGAGGAGGGUGGUGACGAAGAAGCUGAUACCCCUGAUCAGCCCGAAGCUCCUGGGGGUGGAGAGCCCCCGAAGUAAUUGCCCUUGUAUUCCGAGCAUGCGAGCUCAGUCCUUGUAUUUUGUUUUUUCUUUUUGUUUUGAGCUCAUUGUAUAAAAUUUUACAUGUUAAUGAAAUUGACCCUUUUCUAA